AUGGAACCAGAGGCAUCUACUUCAAAUCUUUAUACAACAACAAAUUCAAAUGAUCUUAAAACCAUACCACUUUCCAAAUUCUUACAGCUUUGUCCUGCAAAUUUUGAUUAUAAACUGUCAGAGGAUGCUAAACAGAAAAUACUAGGGAGAUUGUUUUCUGAAUUUUGGAAAUCAAAUGAAGAUUACAGAGAUUUAUUUUUUCCAAAUGGUUUUGGUGAUGGCAAUUAUGAAUAUAAGCUUAGUCUGGCUCAAAGUUCUAAUGUAAAUAAUCAUUCCCUCGAAAAAGGAAGACCUUGUGGUCAUGUAUUCAAAAAAGGUGAAGGUGUUUAUAGAUGCAGAGAUUGCGCAAUUGACGGAACAUGUGUUUUCUGCACUCGUUGUUUUCACGCAACAGAUCACGAAGAUCACGACGUUAUUUUUUCUAUAACUACUAGUUGGAGUGGAUGCUGUGAUUGUGGUGAUCCAGAGGCUUGGAAAGUUCCUAUUCAUUGUGCUUAUCAUUCACCCGAGAUUACAAAUACUUUGGAUUCAAUUAACAGUCGAAAUUUACCAACUGAUCUAUUAAAUUCAAUUCAUGAAGCAAUAUCCACUGUGCUUGUCUUUAUGAUUGAUACUUUAUCUGCUUCUCCCGAAGAAAAAUUGCCUCCUAGUGAAGUAGAUCAAGUUAAAAAAGAGGCAAUCGAAUCGAGCUACUCUAUUCGAUAUCUUACCACUACUCCAGAUGAAAAAUUGUUUGCCAUAAUACUUUGGAAUGAUGAAAGUCAUUCUUUCAGUGAAGUCAUUGAUCAACUUGCUGAUGCUACUGGUUGCACGAAGGAUGCAGCAAAAUCAAUUGCUGAAAGAGUCGAUUCAUAUGGCCGUGACAUAGUAGAAAUAUCUGAUGAUAUUCCACGCCUUCUUAGCAUUGCUCGUACCAUCUCUUCCAUAGGUUUAGCUGUUACAAUUCGUUCAGCCAGAGAUACCUUUCGUGAAGAAAUGUGCGGCCUAUUUAUUGAUUGGUUGAAAGAUCUUGCUAAUGGCAUGGUUGGAUCAAACAUUCAUGUGCUAAGAGAGAUAAUCUGUGAAGAACUAUGUAAAAAAUGGAAGAAACCACUUGAUGAAAGAUAUGAAAAUGAGGAUGUUGAUUCUAAUCAAAUGAGCGAUGAUGACCGUAUUGUUGAAACUGGUUCGAUUGAUGAAAUGUCAACGGAUGAAAGAUCAAUCGAUACUACUACAGAACCAAUGGAAGAAGAUGAGUCGCCCACUUCAUUAUACAAGGCAUCAACUACAAAUCAACUAGCCGAAGACUUUAAUAAGAAAUUAAGGCUUGAUAAAUUAUUUCUUUUGGACUUUAGACUUUGGAAAGAAGCUCGAUCUGGUCUAAAAAAAUUGUAUAUCAAAACUUUAGCUACUGACCCUGAAUAUAAGAAAAUAAUGGGUAUACGAUUUGCUAGAAAUUACGUGAAAAUUGCCAAAGCCUUUCUUACUCCUGAUCGUGAGCCUGAAUAUUCAAUUAUACUUUUUUCAAUACAACUUUUUCCUAUCGCAACAAUAUCAUCAAUACUUGUUAACAAAUAUCAUUUUCUUAGUACAAUAUUUGCAGUGUUUCACACUUUUUUCACAUCAGAUGCUGUUGGAGAUGUAAAAGAUAUUGAUCCAUCUGCCAGAAUUAAUUGUGAAGCUCCUAGUUUUAAAAAUAGAUGUUAUUUUCAUAUAUUUAGUGAUUUCAAAAAUAUAAUGAGCACCACAGCUGUAAAAGAGUCAGUUCAUAGACAUUCACAAUAUUUAGUUCAAUAUCUUAACUUGAUCACUCUGUUUCAAGGAAUGAAUCCCAACGUACGUGCUACCCAACAACAUGUUGAAUAUGAGACUGAAAGUUGGGUGAAUGCUUUCAAUGUUACGUUACAAAUAGCAAAAAGUUGUCGCCAGUUUUCUGAAUGUUAUACAGUGAAUACAAAGGUCUUGUCUAUAACAAUACGUAAAACUUUAAAAAAAUUAUACGAGUGGUGUGCAAGACAUGUAGAAGAUGACAUGGAUAAUAUGGAUGAAACAAAUGACGAACAACAGGUGACAGAUACAAAUUUCAAUACUAACGAAUCAUAUGCCCCCUUUUCAAGAGAUAUGAAAUAUUCAUAUUAUACCAGAAUAGAGGAUUCAGAAGACAAUUCGAUUAUGUUGCGCGAUUCAGAUUUUCAUGAUGUAAUGUUUCCACAGAAUCCAUAUUCGCCCACUUACAGAGUUAUAAAGUUUGAUGUCUCGUCACAGCCUGUCAGUUUUCAUCAUCCAUUGCAUUGGUUUCUUGCUCAGUUAAUUGAAAAUGUUGAAUUGCUGGAUGAAGAUUUGUUGAAACAAAAUGGUUGGGAUAGCUUUCAAAAUAUGGUGAUGGACAUUAAUUCUGAAAAUGCAGAUGAUUCGUCUAUAGUGAUACGAGCUCGUGAAAAAAUGUUGGCAAUACUAGAUUAUCCUUUAAGAGUGCAAAUAAGAGCAGGUCUAUGGGUUCGAAAUGGUUUUGGUAUUCGUAGUCAGUGUCAUCAUUAUCGGGAUGUCUCUCUUCGAGAAAAUACAUAUGAUGAAGACGUUUUCUUAAUUCAGACUGCAUUUAUAAUUUUGGAUCCUGACCUUGUUCUUGCCACAAUUUUAGAUCGAUUUGACCUUAUUGAUUGGUUCAAUGGAAAAAGCUCUCACAAAACAUAUGAUUCUACACAGUUAACUUUUAUUGUAGAAGAACUUUUAAUACUACUCAUCACAUGUGUAAAUGAACGAACAAAUGCUGCUGGUUUGAGCAUCGAAGAGGAAAUCAAAAGUGAAAUAAUACACAGUUUAUGCCUUGGACCAUUGGCUUAUUCCGAACUUUCUAAACGUAUACCAGAACGCCUUACACAAAGUACAUCAUUUGACAAAGUCUUACCAGAUCUUGCCAAUUAUCGAUCACCGGAUAGUCUAACAGAUAAUGGAUUAUAUGAAUUAAAAGACCAGUAUUUUGAUGAUGUAGAUCCUUACUUUAUGCAUUACUCGCGUAACAAUAGAGAAGAGGCUGAAGAUGUUUUGAAAAAUAGGUCAAAGAAAAAAAUGGAUGAUUCUGAAAAGGACAAAACUCCAUUGAUAAUUCCAAAGCUUGUACCUAUAACCAAGGGACCUUAUGUAAAAUUAGGAAACAUAUUACAUGUGAGAUUGAUGAAUCAAAUUAUUUACUAUUCUUUAUGGAAUGUCAAAAAGGAUAACAAAAUCAAAUCUGACACAAUUAUGGAAGAAGCUCUACAUUUGAUCAUCUUGGCCUUAUUAGAUGAAAAUAAUGAUGCAAUAAAGGAAUAUAAACGAAAAGGAAAACAAAAGGCAUCAGAUAAUAUUUUAUCAACAAAUGAUACUUAUUAUCCUACAGGAUUUAUGUAUUAUGCAGUAUCUGAUCGUUUCCAAGAUCCUGAUGUUAAUAUAAUGAAGUCGCCAGUUUCUACUAAUACUCUAUUAGAUUUGUUAUUAGACUUAUCCUCAAAUUCAAAUUUCAAAGACUACCAUCAUAAAAUAAAUUAUAUUUUGGACCAAUUUGAAAAACAUAGUAAUGAAAAUGUGAGAUUUGUGAUCAGUAAUCAUCGUGAAAAAUUGAAUGACAAACUACAAACUAAAGGUAGUGAGGAUACCGAACUUACCGAACAAGAAAAGAAAAAAAAAGCAGCCAAGGAAAGGCAAAAAAAGAUAAUGGAACAAUUUGCUAAAGCACAACAAAGCUUUAUAGAUAAGCAUGAAAGUUUUUACGAUAUUGAUGAGGGCAUGUAUGAUGAUGAAUGGGAAAUAACUACUGAUGAACAUUUGGAGGGUGACUUGUCAAAAGAAACAAUUUGGCCAUUCCCAACAGGAACUUGUAUAGUGUGUCAAGAGGAUACCAAUUCAUCAUCAUUAUAUGGAAUGCUGGGAUUGAUUCAACCGUCUACUUUGAUGCGAAGAACUCCAUUUAAUGACAAUGAUUUUGUUUUUGAAACCAUUAAUUUACCAGAGAAUUUAGAUAACAAAUAUGAUAGAAGUAUGCCUUAUGGUGUUGCUUCGUCUCUAUAUUCGGCUGAUGACAAUUCAUCAAAAUCAUCACGUGUAUUGUUAAGUAAAGGAUUUCCUUCAGAUUCAUGUAGGCUAGGAAUGUAUGCGUCAACAUGUGGACAUUUAAUGCAUGUAAAAUGUUUUGAUAAUUAUUUCUUAUCUUUAGAACAAAGGCAUCAAUUACAAUUGACCAGAAAUCAUCCAGAAGAUGUGAAACGUAAAGAGUUCUUGUGUCCUUUAUGCAAAAGUCUAGGAAAUGUAUUAUUCCCAAUAACGUGGAAAGGGAAAAAGGAAGUAUUUCCUGGUGUGCUGGAAGUACAAGAAGAUUUUGGGACAUGGAUAAAUAGUAAAUGUAUGGCGGGAAUGACGAAAUUAAAUUCAUUUGCACAAUCAUUAGAUCAAACAGUUUUUAAUGAACCACCUAGGCGAUACACACAAAAUUUAAGAAACUCUUUUGAUGUUAGAGAUUUGGCUCAGACAACUGGAUUUUCACCUUUGGCUCAAACACAAAGACGACGUAAUAGUAGUGGAGCUGGUAGAUUUAUUUCACAAAUAGUUCAUAUGUUGAGAACACCGACUCAACCAACAGAUGAUAACACUGGUGGUCCAAUUAUUGGUGGUCCUGAUGAGGAUCGUAUUAUAACAAUUCGCAUGUAUGAUCUUUUGGCAGAAGUUGUGGAAAAGUUAGUCAGUAGUAAUAAAUUGGAAAUAACUUUUCAGACUACAGAGAAGUCUUUAAAACAUAUUGAGUACAUGUGGGAUCUAUUUGGAUACACAAUAUCAUGUAUUGAGAUAAGCCAGAGAGGCGUUGGUAACUCGGUUAAUGAAAAUCAACAAGUCACAACAUUAAUGAAUGGAAUCAAUUCACAGACAUCAACACUGCUUAGAAUUCUUUCUGAAACACUAGAUUCAUAUUUAAAUAUAAUGUUAGCAGGCCAAGAGUACGAAGUAAGAUUGAAACAGAUAGCAACACAUCGUCUUCAACAAAUAUUCUAUGAACAUCCGCUUCUACAGCCAAAUAAAGCAGAACAAGAUAUAAUAUCAAAUCCAUUACCUGAUAGUACACGAAGGAUCAACGGACUAUUUGAUAAAAGUUUUCUUUUCACAAAAGUAAAACCUUUAUUACUUGAAGAUCCUUUCUUAAUACUUGUUGAGUUAUGUUUUAAUAAUAAUUGUUGUUAUAAUGAUAGCAACAAUAACAACUCAAUAAGAAGUUUCACUUUCUGGAUUAUGAGACAAUUGGGAUAUAACGAUCAAAUUAUAUUAAAAUUUUUAAAUGAGAUUGGCGAUCAAAUGUUUGCAAAAAUCAUAAGAUCAUUUAGUUUACCAUAUUUGAGGAAAUGUAUAAUAUUAUUACACGCAAGGUUUGGUGUUGUGUUUCCAAGUUCUGAAACAGAGAAACUCAAAACUGAUGAGAUAGAAUUCGUUAGGCUAUGUAAAUUGUUGAGACUUCCUUCAAUGUUAGAAGAAAUUUGUGCGAUAAACACCGAUACAACAACGGAUUUUACAAAAUUAGCAGUUAUUGCAGGUUGGUGUCAUCACUUGUUUGUGCUUCGACAAGAGUUAUCACUACCCUUCACACAAUCAGUCACAACGCCAAUAGAUAGAAAUAAUACAACAAACUUGCUUGUAUCAAGCAGCGUGGCCAUUCGCAGUAGCUCACAAACAUCAGCGAAUGACCCAUAUUUCAUAGAUAUUCAACUUAAUCAUCCAGCUAUAUUUGAGCUUAUUGGUUUACCAAAAAGGCUAGACUUUUUGUUUGAAGAAAGCAUGAGAAGAGUGUGUAAAAAGUGUAAUACUAUACCAAAUGAACCUGCAUUGUGUUUAUUGUGUGGUGCAUUUGUUUGUAGUCAGAGUUAUUGUUGUUUUGAAUCAGAAAGAGGUGAAUGCAAUAAUCAUGCUAGAAGUUGUGGCGGCGAUAAAGGGAUUUAUCUAUUAGUGAAAAAAUGUGUAUUAUUAUUACUUCAUAACGAUAAUGGAUGUUUUAUGAAUGCACCAUAUCUUGACACACACGGAGAAGUUGAUCAUGGAUUAAAACGCGGCAAACCUCAAUAUCUUAAUCAAAAAAGGUAUGACGAAAUUCGUAGAUUAUGGAUAACGCACGGUGUUCCAGUACAAAUUGCAAGAAAAAUUGAACAAAUAUUUGAUGUUGGAGGGUGGUCAACAAUCAUAUAUACCACCUCGCCAGCUUUGAAAGGAGGACUUCGUUCACUACAAAAAACAAAAAAGCAUAAGGCAGAAAAACAACGAAAAUUAGAAGAAUCAUCAAAAAAACCAGACCCAAUUGUAGGAAGACCCACACCCUUCACCCGAUCAUUACUUAAACCCGAUGAAAUUUUCAAAGUGGCAUCAGCAGCGUCGUCAACUACUACCACGGCGUUAAAUACUCCUUCUGGUUUUAAUAAUUUUUUACUCAAUAAAAAAGAUGAAAAAUUUUUAUUUGAGAUUACACCUAAAGCUGUUGCAGCAACUGAAACAACAACUGACAUUAAGAAUCCGCCCACGAUUUUAGAUUCUGCAAAUAAAAUUGAUGAUGAAAAUAGCAGUACUGAGACUUUAGAUGGAAAAUCUUUGGAGAUCAAAGUACGUGAAAAAACUGAGAUUGAAAAAGUUCAAGUGUUAAAAAAACUUGUAAGUUUACAAAAUUCAGAUGCCAAGGCUAUACAGUUGUAUAAUAUACAAAAGGCAAUAGAGGAAUUUGGCGGAAAUGAGAGAAAUACAGGAACACCAGAAGUUCAAGCCGCGGUAUAUACUGUUCGAAUUUUAAAUCUACAUGAUCACUUCAAGAAGUUUCAUAAAGAUCUUGAUAAUUAUCGUUCAUUAAGACAUUUAGUACAUAAAAGACAAAAGAUUUUAAAGUAUUUAAAAAGGGUAAAUUUAGAACGAUAUUAUAAAUGUCUCGAGAGAUUAGGAUUGGAUGCAAGUGUUAUCGAAGGAGAAAUUGUAAUAUAA